UCUACGCAUGUGCAGAUACAUUCCAGAGACUUCGUAGCAGAGACCAAAACACGGAAGAAUUGUCCUCUCUACACCGGCAGUACGCGACACCAGUUGUGUCUUGUGAUCCAAAGAGGUUCUUCAUUUUGUGCAGCCUGUCUCAGCUGCAGUCAUGGUGUGCAUCCCCUGUAUUGUGAUUCCGGUCCUGUUGUGGGUCUACAAGAGGUUCCUGGAGCCUUUCCUCUAUCCUUUCAUUUCACCGAUUAUCAAUAGAUUCUGGACUAAAAAAGCAGUCCAGGAGACUGCGGCUAGUGACCGAAAAGUUAGCGAAAAGAGUAAUGGCACUUACACACCUGAAAGCAACGGUGAGGCCACUGCCAAUGGAUCCACUAUAGCAGCCGAUAAGAAGACAGAUUGACUGCUCUAAAUGAUUAUAACGCAUCUAAAACAGUGUAAAUAUUCUAUUAUUUUAAUAUAGAGAAACUAUGAAUUAACUUAUAAUACCUCUAUGAAUGGAGGGGUUUUUAAUAGCCUUCCAUGUUAUCGUAUCUUAUCAUUUGUAUAACAGUAUCUUUAAGAAAUUAGUUAUUGUUGAUAUAUGUAUUUACUGUGUUGAUUAUUCACUCUCGACAGAAUAGUUUUUCUAUGUCAAAAUUGCAAUUUAAUGAAUGAAUAAAAGACAACGUUCAAAUAGAAAAAGAUG